UUCCAGAUAGAGGAGGAAAUGUUAGGAGACCCUUGCCUGAAGGACUUGAAGAAAGGUGACCUCAUACAGCUGCAGAGACGGGGUUUCUUUAUCUGUGAUCAGCCUUAUGAGCCAAUCAGCCCCCACAGCUGCAAGGAGAGUCCCUGUGUCCUGCUCUACAUCCCAGACGGACACACAAAAGAGAUGCCCACUGCUGGAUCCAAGGGCAAGAGCAAGAGCCAGACAGCUGCUAACCCUGUGAAGGCAGAGUCUGUUCCUCUGAGCAAAGCCAAACAGGCUCCUGUCUCCAGCCCAGCGCCGGCCGCACCAGGAGACUCUUCUGCCCUAUUCUCCAGCAUUGCGGCUCAGGGAGACCUGGUCAGACAGCUCAAGACAGACAAGGCCCCUAAAGAACAAGUUGACGCUGCUGUAAAGCAGCUCUUGGCUUUGAAAUCUGAGUUUAAACAACUGACUGGACAGGAGUACAAACCUGGCAUGGCUCCACCUCCAUCUGCCCCAGCACCGAAGAGCUCCGCCCCCACCCCUGCAGCAGGAAAUCCAAGCCCUGCCUCCACCGGUUGUCCAUUCACUCGUGUUUCUGAGCAGGGUGAGGUGGUCAGAAAACUGAAGACUGAAAAAGCACCCAAGGAGCAAGUAGAUGCUGCAGUAAAACAGCUUUUGGCUCUCAAAGCUGAGUUUAAACAGCUCACUGGUCAAGACUACAAACCAGGCAUGGCUCCUCCCACAGCAUCUCCCCUAAAAUCCGCCCCUUCAUCUGACUCCUCCCCUACUGCCAUAUAUGGGCGUGUGUCCGAUCAAGGGGAGCUGGUCAGAAAGGUGAAAGCAGAGAAAGCACCAAAAGACCAGAUUGAUGCAGCAGUAAAGCAGCUUUUGGCUCUGAAGGCAGAAUAUAAGCAGGUAACAGGGCAGGAAUACAAACCCGGAGUUCCCCCCGCUGGUGCUUCUCCGUCAGCUCCAGCUCAGCCUGCCGCCACCACCCCUGCUGUGUCUGACUCCUCUGACAGCUCUCCUAAGGCUAUUUACGAUCGUGUCUCUCAACAAGGAGACCUUGUGAGAAAAUUGAAAACAGAAAAGGCACCCAAGGAUCAGAUAGAUGCUGCAGUGAAGGAGUUGCUGAGUCUGAAAACCGAGUACAAGCAGCAAACUGGACAGGAAUACAAACCAGACCUGCCUCCAUCCUCAGGCCCCACCCCUGUACAAUCUAUCCCUGCCCCACCCCAGUCUAGCUCCUCCCAGCCUCAGUCCAGCUCCUCCCCUCAGGCUCAAGCUCUGUUUGCAGACAUAGCGCAGCAGGGGGAGCAAGUGAGACGGCUUAAAGCAGAGAAAGCACCCAAGGAGCAAGUUGAUAAAGCAGUGAAGACUCUGCUUGAACUGAAGGGUCAGUAUAAAGCCCUCACUGGAGAGGAGUACAAGCCUGUGACCACUCCAGGAACUUCAGGGAACACGGGAGGAGAAGACAAGAGCCGUAAAGAGCGGGAGAACAAGUCUGAGAAGCAGGGGGGAGGAGGAGGAGCACGUAAACAGCAUAAAGGAGGAGAGAAACCUCAACAAGGUCAGGACUCUGGAGCAGGUGGAGCAGGAGACGGCCAGGGGCCAAAGAAACAGACACG